CACGAACCCUCCGCAUCCAACCUCUGCUUACUUACUCUGUUGCUCCAAAGACGCAUGGCAAUUCCAUAACUGUGGCGCGUCUGUAUAUAUCACUUUAUCCUAUAUCCUCCUAAACUAUGAGUUACAUCUGAAAAAUCUACGCGCCGCAGCAAGAUGCGCAGCAUUCGCCGACAAGCGCUUGAGAAGCUCGCCGCUCUCUCAACCUCUUCUCAUGGAGAAAUUGCCGGCCAUGCGGACAUAUCACGUCUGUGUAGAAGAUGUCCUGGGCCUCCAGCCCAAGGGAAGUCGGCGAAGGGGCAAGAGGGGGGGAAGGGAAGCGUUGCAAGUGUGCCAAUGAGCGCAGCAGAGCUCGAGUCCGUUCUAGCACUGUGCAAAGCCGGUCCAUCCGUUCAAGAUUUGGCACCCGCCACUCAGUUGGCUCGUCAGUUGAUACCAUACCUCCCCGAAUCCUAUUCGCAAGCGAUCGAGCAAUCACACAUCCUGUCCGGCUUCGACUCGGCUCCUUGGGAACUUCUCACGUACCACCUUACGCAUGCCCUACUUUCUCUUGGAGAGAAUCAUAGCUCGAUUCGCAAUGCCGCUAUCACGUCGAUCCAGCAGUACAUCGAUGGCUGGGAACAAGCCUCGGCGAUGGUCUACAACGAGCGUCUGGAAGCAGAGAACCCGGAAACGAAAGUCUACGAUGGCACGUUUCAUAAGAUAUUGGUGCUGGCGGCAUCCAUGGUGGGAUUCAUGCGAGCGGCGACACAGCUAGCGUACUUCUGGCGCCCAAUCGAACGCGUCCAAGUCAUGCAAAAACUUGAGAGUGUUUUGUCCAAGCAAUUUGAAAUUGCUCUCGAGACGUCACUUUCCGCCAUCCGGCAUUACCAUGGCGAUGAUCGCGCAUUUCAGGAAUGGAAGCGGUACUCGAAGCAUUAUGCGGUCCACGGACGACCACUUGGAGCGAUGCUCCUCCGUGAAGGACUCAUGGCUUUCGUGGCGUCUUGCUCGGCUACCAUAAUCGACCAAGACGGAAGUCUUUCUACGGAUGAACUUCUUGAUCGACUCUUUAAGGACUCCUACACGCCGAAUCAGCCGCGAACCGCGGGACAAGAAAAGCAGGAAAUGGUCGAUUGUAUUACUGAUGUCGCUUCCACGGAGAUGGAUCGAUUCGACGACGGCUCUGAUAUCCUUGAACUGGGGUCCGUAUGGGACCAACGACUGGCAUUUGCCGCCAAAGGGAACGUCGUCAAAGCCUACCUUUUCUCUACAGUCGCCGACUCGAGCGUAUGUGAUCCAGACGUGCUGAUGAGCUGGAUUGAGAAUGCUCUCUCCGAUUCAAUUCAGCUGGCGGAUGAAACUUUGGCUACCGUCAUUCUCAAAACCACAACCAUUCUCGCAAAAUCACAUCCAGCUAUCGCAACUCACAUGAGCCGUAUCCUUCCAAGGAUUAUCGUCAAAGGCGGACUCCAGGGACGUGUCUCAUUGGUCGCAGCUGAAGCUUUGGCAACUGUUCUCCAACGAACGAGCGAGGACACAGUUAUCAGCACACUGUACAGCCUGGGGAACGUUCUCACGUCCUCCGCACCAGAAAAUAGGACCGCGGCCGGCACCCCAUUCUCUCCGUUUGUUGAUGGCAAUGUUGAUCCUUCAAAGCUGUCUGACGAUUACAUCCAUCCGAAUGCAGGAAGCGCCCUCUCAUUGGCGCCAAGCGAUUCGACCGAGCCAUCAAACCUCUUCGCAGCUGUGAUCCAGGCGAUUGUCUGCGUAGCGAGGGCCUAUAGAGAAGAGAAGAUAAUCGCACUUGCAUUGUCGAUGCUCGUUCAAAAGAUCGGGCGAGUCAGUAAGGCAGUCGAUGCUAGAAUCAUCGCAGAAUCAGCGGUCCUUGGCCCAUACACGAGCAUAUCCGACUUCCGGUCGCUUCUGAAACAAUACGUCAGGAUGUCUCAUCGCGCCCUGGUUGAGAAUCUACCGCUCAUUGGGGAUGCAGUCGUUGCUGCUAGAAACCACUUGUCGCAAACGAUCAAAGGCGAUUCGGAACACUUUGAAAUUUACCUCUUCCACAUCCUUGAAAGCAUUGUCAGCAAAGGCGACGUGCUGGACAAGGAUCAGUUGAAAGAACUCGACACGGAGCUGGGUGCACAGGAGAUUUCCCAUCUACUUGGACCACUGGCCAUGCUUGUGUCGUCGAAUGCAGAGUUCCUCCCUGAACUCGAGGGCAUGGAAGGCUUGCUUGCCGCCCAAAGAAACGCUUGGUUCAACCUAGUUGUACACGGGUUCAGUUUCGCCUCUCCAAUGGGCAAGCGUUAUCUGAAGGAGCUUCAAGUUCUGGCAUACUACAGCCAACCACUCGUCCCCAAAGAUCGAACCGACAAAUUGGAAAGUGAUAUUGAACUCAAUAUCGUCCUUCGACGCGGAAAAAGCGCGGAACACACGGUAGAGCAUAAGAAAUACCUGAUGGGAGCGCUGCCGGCAUGCGAACACGACAUUAAGUCCCUCGGCUACCCGGAAGUCGUCUUCCUGACGACCGCAUAUUUUGUUGAAACCCUCCGUGCGCGAGCCGGGAACUGUACGACGGUCCUCACCUACUUCCUUGACCCACGCCUUAAGGUCGGCGAGAUGGGCAAUUGUAUGCGGGAAAUCGCCGUUCAUGCCGUUAACACAUACGUGGUGAAGACCAUGAGCGGGUCGUUCCAAUCAUUCUCCUCGCCCUAUCUCGCAGAGCAGCUCGGUCGUAUCUUCGCCUCUUGUUGCUACCGGAUCACCGCGAUUCAGGAAGUUGCGAUUGAGUGCGCAGAUUUGAUCAUAUCCAAGGUCCCGUCAGCCUUGUGUCAACAAACUUCGCUUUUCGCUCUCCUCGACAUUCUCACGAUCAUGUGGGAUAGUUGCCUGGAGUGUGAGACUGAUGAGUAUGCGUGGAGGGCGACCUUCCAAACCAAACACGCGGGCUUGGAGGUGGAAUUGUCCGACAGCUACGAUCUCCGUCGCGUCACCCUUGCCCAGUUCCAUAAACGGGCGAAGUCAUGGAUGGCCAAGGUUCUGGACUUAGCGCCCGUAGACGUGAAGGGGCUUCUGCAGACAUAUUUGUCCGAGUACGAGGAAGAGCGAGCAUAUGGUCACCUAUCCUUGGGCCGGUCAUUCGCCAUUGAAUUGGGCUCCACAAUUCCAACGACCGAUCAGCGUCUCAAUGCCAUUGAUCCCCAACCAACGUUGGGCGUGAAUACAGCAUCGGAUUUCGUUGCACAGUACACCAUCCGCCAAGGAUACCGAUUCGUCGGACUUGAUGGUACCCAGGAUCGCGCUCAUGGGGGUUGGUUGCCUCCCGAUGCGGAUACGAUGAUCCGGACGAAUGCAAAACUAGACCGCUCCAUGGAGGAUGCCGAGAGCCUUCUCGCCGACGUCGAAAACCGGACGCUCAAUCACAAGGUUGUUGCUGUGGACGAGCUUCGUGAUGUGCUACGUCGCGCUGGAGCUUUGCUUUGCAAGAGUGAAAAGGAUCAAUGCGCCAUUGUGCAUCACCUUGUCGGUAUCCCGUUCGCUCUUUUCACGAAGCAAUCCAUCAAACUCGGCAUCUCGCUUUGGACUGGUGUCAUUAAAGAGAACCCUCGAAUGGAAUCCAGGAUCAUCGUGGAGGUGGCUGAGAAUUGGGAGACCAAAAUCCACAGGCGAGUGGGCUUGUUUAAUAAGGACCUCCACCAUCCCAACCCUUUCUAUUUGAGGCAAGAAUUUGCGCCGUCAGACAAAGAAUUGAUCGCGAAAAAGCAAGCGGCUGUCUACAAUGCGAUUGCCCCCCACUUCCGCUUGCUCCAGUUCUUCCUAAGCCAUUUCGGAGCAUCGCGACAUAGCACGCCUCAGAUGCGACGGAUAUACCUGCGUCUCGUCCACCUUUCUCUGGAUGCGAUGGAAUUCAUUGCUGACCAUCCCCUCGCCCGAGAAGCGCAUCUCCACCUCGUUCUUCUUGCUUGUCAACUUCUUCAGCACUUCCCCGGCCUUGGUUUCCCGGGCCGCUGGAGACUUUUGGACCGCAUCCUAACGGCCGGGCUCGCUUGGUUUUCCAACCCCCCAAGGUGGUCAUUCGGUGGUAAUAGACUGCAAAUCAAAGCGGAGACGCAUCUCAUUGAAUCCGUGCGGCACGCUCUUCAGAAUCAGACGGCCAUAGAUGCCAAUGUCGCCGGUGCUCUGAGAGCCAAGAAAGAGUUACUUCAAAUGUUGCUCUCGGAUGAGCAAAUGCGGUUGCUCGUUUGGCUCUUCCCAAUAGACUACGAGAAUAGGCACUUCUUCUCGUCAUCAGCAGCUCGAGAAACUCCACCCGAGACUACACUGGUCAAUGCCGUGCGGACUGCCUGGGCGUACAAGCCUUCUGUUGCAAUCAACCUGGUGCAACGGUUUCAUUCCCAAGCACUAUUGCGUGAAGUCCGCUGGCUCGUUCUCAAUUUCCCUGAGAAGACCUUGGAUCUUCCGGAUGCGUUGGAGGUCUUGCUUGGUCCCUCGAUGCCAACCGAUGUGUCUUUCCAGUUGAAGUAUCUUUUGUACUGGGCGCCAGUGAAUCCCAUGACUGCUGUUACUUACUUUCUCCCGGCAUAUGGCAACCAUCCGUUCAUUGUUCAGUACGCCAUGCGCGCUUUGGAGAGCCAUUCGGUCGAUAUCACGUUCUUUUACGUUCCGCAAAUCGUGCAGACUCUUCGGUAUGAUGUACUGGAAUACGUGGAGCGGUAUAUUGUCGAGACUGCCAAGUUCUCGCAGCUCUUUGCCCAUCAGAUCAUCUGGAACAUGAAAGCGAAUGCUUAUAAAGACGAUAACAGCGAGAUUCCUGACCCAAUCAAACCCAACCUUGACAAGGUUAUGGGCAGCCUGAUCUCAAGCUUUAGCCCGGAAGACCGCACUUUCUAUGAGAAGGAAUUCUCUUUCUUUAACGACGUGACCGACAUUUCUGGAAAGCUGAAGCCCUACAUCAAGAGAAGCAAGCAGGAGAAGAAGGAAAAGAUUGAAGAGGAGCUACGCAAGAUCAAAGUUGAGGUCGGUGUUUACUUACCUAGCAACCCAGAUGGCGUUGUGAUUGGGAUCGAUCGGAAAUCUGGCAAGCCCCUACAAAGCCAUGCGAAGGCGCCAUACAUGGCGACGUUCCGCAUCAAGAAAGAAUCCCCACAGAUCCAGGCCGUGGACGAGGAGCAGAAUGGCAAGGCUCUCACGAACGGCAAUUCGCCACUACAGAAGCAUCACACCGAAUCUUGGCAAUCGGCAAUUUUCAAAGUUGGAGAUGACUGCCGACAGGAUGUUUUGAUCUUGCAGAUUAUUUCUGCAUUCCGAGGGAUCUUCCACGAUGUGGGACUGGACGUUUUCGUAUUCCCGUACCGAGUCACUGCAACGGCUCCUGGCUGCGGUGUCAUCGAUGUGCUCCCCAACUCCAUCUCACGAGACAUGCUCGGCCGCGAGGCUGUCAACGGGCUCUACGAUUAUUUUGUCUCCAAAUACGGCGGGGAAGAUUCCAUCCGCUUCCAAGAAGCGCGCAGCAACUUCGUGAAGAGCAUGGCAGCAUAUAGCAUCAUUUCCUACCUCCUGCAGCUCAAAGACCGCCACAAUGGCAACAUCAUGAUUGACGACGCCGGCCACAUCAUCCACAUCGACUUCGGCUUCUGCUUCGACAUCGCGCCCGGCGGCGUCCGAUUUGAGCGGGCCCCAUUCAAGCUCACGCCGGAGAUGAUCUCCGUGAUGGGCGGCUCGGUUAACUCGCAAUCAUACCGCUGGUUUGAGGAGCUGUCCAUCAAGGCUUUCCUCGCCUCUCGCCGGCACUGUGAGCAUUUGGUGCACAUGGUCACGGUCAUGUUGGAAAGCAGUUUGCCAUGUUUCAAGCCGCAGACCAUUCAGCAUUUUCGAGAUCGGUUUGUGUUGGAGAAGUCGGAGACAGAGGCUGCGGACUUCAUGAAGGGCAUGAUCCAACGUAGCUAUCAUAGUUAUUCGACGAAGGGGUACGAUUGGUUCCAGUUGAUGACGAACGGGAUCCCGUAUUAGGCGGGGAGUUGCUGUCUUGGUGGAGAGAAAUUUCAAAACCUUACGUUUUUCUAUUAUACCCUAUUAUAAUUCGAUAUCUACCUC